AUGGCAUACUUUUCGGAAAACACCAAUCAGAGUGGACCUCGCUAUGACUUCAUGUCAUGUGAUCAAGGAUGGGUGCACGACAGGGCGUUAUCAGCAUACACCCUUACCCAGUCGUUUGACCUGGUUUGUGGCCGGAAAUACCUGAUCAAUCUGUCUCAAUCCAUCUUCUUCAUAGGCGUACUCAUAGGCUCUGUCCUUUUUGGUGCAAUUGCAGAUAGAUAUGGAAGAAAAAUAACACUCAUCAUCUCCAAUGUUCUCGUGGUUGUAUUCGGUGUCGGUGCUGCUUUUUCUCCGAACUACAUAACUUUCGUCGUGGCGAGGACUUUUCAUGCUGCAGGAUGUUACGGGAUGAUUAACGUCUCCCACUUGAUAGGUUAG